CCCCGCCGCGCUGCGGGGCGGGUUUAUAAGCCGGGAGGCCAGCCGGCCGGCGGGUGGGCUUGAGAGAGUUUAGGCUGCUGAGCCCUAGCUGUUUCAAUGGUGCAGCUUUCACAGUCCCCGCUUUGCCGCACUUCGCCUUCAUGCCACUCUGAGGAAGCGGAGGAGAAGAGCAUGAAACCUGCCAAGCAGCAGGUGACUCAGGGCCCUCAUGGGGACAAUCAGCCUCCCUUGAGCCCCCUGCAGGCAGCUUUGAGUUCUGCUGCAACGGCAUCCCAGGCAUAUGAGACUUACAUUGACAAUGGACUUAUCUGCAUGAAACACAAGAUCAGGAACAUUGAGAAAAAAAAGCUCAAACUAGAAGACUACAGAGAUCGUCUGAAAAAGGGGGAACCCCUCAACCAGGAUCAGUUGAUGCAGUCUGGGCCACAGCUUGUUAGAGGUCAAAUAACUGCUGAAUCUGUGGUCAAGGAAGCUGUUGAAAAAUAUGAUGAAGUGAUCCAUAACUUGGAGUUUGCUAAAGACCUUCAGAAGACAUUUUCUGGGCUUAGUCAAGAUCUGCUGAAAGCACAGAAGAAAGCACAGAGAAGGGAGAGUAUAAUGAAGCUUGAAGCAGAGAAGAAGAAACUCCGCACAGUACUGCAGGUCCAGUAUGUGUUGCAGAGUUUCACUCAAGAGCACGUGCAGAGAGACUUCAAAUGUGGCUUUAAUGGUGCAAUAUUUUUGCCUUCUAAAGAACUAGACUGCCUCAUUAGGUUUGCAAAAUUGACCUGCUCUGGAAGAAAUGAAGGCAUGAGUGUUGAAGACCAAAUGGAGCAAUCGUCACGCUACUUCUGGGAUCUGCUAGAAGGCAGUGAAAAAACAGUAGCUGGGACAACUUAUAAAUGCCUGAAGGAUUUGUUAUCUAAACUGUUAAGUUCCAGUUAUUUUGAAAAAACUCCUGCUCCUUCCAACAUAUCAGUAAAAGAGGAAUCAAAAGAACUGUCUACAGGACCUGAGUUAUGUGAAGAAAUGCAAAGACCUGAAAAAACAAGACAACUCUCAGAUUCAGAGCAUGUCAGUGAAUUAGAACCUCAAAUGGAUCACAUUCAGUCUGAGAUACAGCCUCAAGAGUUUCUUAAUAGGCACUAUUUGCCUGAAGCUGCCUCCCCUAUCAAGAAGCCUGAGGAAUCCAAACCCUGGGAAAUGGAACAUGUUAAGACAGAUGAACCACUAAAGUCCUGGGAAAUGCUUGUUGACAUGGAAGAACAGGAACAGAAGAAGCAGAAACAAGAUUAUGUUAAAACUCUGGAAUCUUUAAGGCAGCAGGGAAAGAAACUGGAACUUUCAAAGCCUUGGGAAGCUCAUCUUAAGGAAGGUGGUAAUGAUCACAAGGAGGAAGUUCCAAAGCCAUGGGUAACUCAGGUUAGAGAACAGCGGGACUCCCCUAAACACUGGAUGAGCAAAGCUAAGGAAGAGCAGGAGCAAAAGCCACAAGGUCCAAAAACAUGGGUUGCUCAAAUAAGGGUGGAAACAGUACAAAAACCAGAACCUGUGAAGCUUUGGAGUGCAUGUGUUGGAGAGGAGAAGGAGCAAAAGAAACAUGAACCUGCAAAGCAAUGGGUAGCACACAUCAAGGAAGAGAGGGAACAAAAAACCCAACCCCCAAAGGUUUGGGAAACAUCUGAGGGACCACGGCAAGCACUUCAGAAGCCAUUACAGAACCCUCCAAAGAUAUGGGGAGCUGGAAAUCUUACCUCAAAGGAGCAAUCUGGGCCAAAGAAGCCUGAUUUGGGACCCAAUGAAGAUGGAAAGACAGAUGGAGUGAACAAAGGAGGCAUUGAUGCUACGUCUGUUGGAGAACCUUGUAAACUACCUAGGAUCUUUGAAAACAGCCUUCAGGCCCCUAAGCCUGUACAUCAACCAGCUGCAGAGUUUUGCUCUACUAGUCUUCCAAAGGAUCCAGUAUUAAGAAGGGAAAGACUACAAGACCUGAUGACUCAAAUACAAGGGACCUAUAAUUUCAUGCAAGAGUCUUUACUAGAUUUUGAUAAACCUUCACAACGUGCCAUUUGUUCGUCACAAGCACCUUCAGUUGAUUCCACAGCACCUAAUGAACAACUUUCAAGCCAAAAUGAUUUCCCUGAGGAACUGGUUCAGGUUGCUGCUUCUCCCAUAACCUUGCACGGCUCAACCACCUCCUUAACUUCUGACAAUACACUGUCUGGAUCAGAAACUGAACUUGCAACACCACAGACACCUGUUACAAAUUCUCAAGAGUCUGAGAACUUCAGUCCACCUCAGUCCUUGUAUCAGAUAAACCAAGAGAUUUCUGAAGUAUUAAUGCCUCAAAAAUCUGAAAUUUCUCAGGUUCCUAUUCCUCUUUCAAGUGAAUCACAGACAUCAUUGACUCCAUCAAGAACUACCAUGUCACCAGUACCCCAAGGGAAGGGUUUCCAGUCUCCUUCCCCAAGUAGUAGCAUUAGCAUGAAAGCACCUCCCUUUCAGGCUGUGCAGAUUGUGUUCAAAGUGAAUGCGCCUUUACCACCUCGCAGGGAGCACUCUUUGCAUCCAGCAGGAUAUAAUCAGAAUUUUUGUACAGCAAGUACACAGACUCCACCCCAGUGUAAACCACAGUCUACUCAAAAUGUUGAACAAACUGCUUUUUCUCAAGAUGCUUUGCCAAAUGCACAGACGACCACUUUCCCUAGACCAGCUCAACCUUUUGUCACAAGCCGUGGAUCGGUCAGAGGCACCCUUCGAGGUGCAAGGUCAGCAACCAAUUCAUAUCGCUCUCCUGGUGGCUAUAAAGCAGGUUUUGAAGUUUACAGGGGAUCACCACCUGUUCCUAAUGGUCUUUAUAGCCAAAUGCAUCUUCCUGGCAGAGAUUAUCCUUCAGUGCAGUAUCCCCACAGGGAUUUGAAUUACCAGCAGAACUAUAAGCGAGGCGGUAUUAGUAGUGGCCGGGCAACCUCAAGAGGUUACAGGCAAGAAAACAGACAGGAAGAGAAUUACUCAUCAGGUAGAGCUCGAGGUAGAACUCAUGUUAGAGAAUACUUCAGAAGAAGGGAAUUGAGGAAAACUGAGAGAAAUGGGAAGGAAGCAGAGUCUGAAAGCAGUCUUGUGGACACGAGGAUGCAUCAGUUCACAGGAUGGAGCGAUUCUUCUCAGGUGAGCAGCCCAGAACGUGACAGUGAGACUUUUGACAGUGGGGACUCUGGGCAGGGUGACUCACGCAGCAUUACUCCUGUUGAUAUGCCAGUGAUGAGCCAAGCAACCACCUUUGUACCUUUGCACAUCUAUGCCUUCCCACAGCAAACCAGAACUGCCUUUUCGGCUACUAGAACUUCUAACUUUACUCCUGGAACUCUAGACCAACCUAUUACAUUUGACCUCCUGUUACACAAUCUUGGUGAAGCCUUUAAUAUCCAUCUUGGUAGGUUUAGUUGUCCUGUGAAUGGUACUUAUGUGUUCUUCUUCAAUAUGCUGAAGUUGGCUGUGAAUGUUCCACUUUAUGUGAACUUGAUGAAAAAUGAAGAGAUUCUAGUAUCUGCAUAUGCCAAUGAUGGUGCUCCAGAUCAUGAGACUGCUAGUAAUCAUGCAGUCCUCCAGCUUUUUCAGGGAGACCAGAUUUGGUUACGCCUCCACAGAGGAGCUAUUUAUGGUAGUAGUUGGAAGUACUCUACAUUCUCAGGAUUUGUGCUGUAUCAAGACUGAACACUAAUGUUUACAAUAGAUCUGCUCUAAACAAUUUGGUGAAGGAAGGUGAAAACUGGGAAGACUCGUUUUGCACUUCACAUUAACUACUUAAAACCCACCCACAUAAUUAUGAAAUGGGAUAUGGUGAACUGUCUUGCUCUGAGAUGGAGUUGGGUCAGCACAAAUGUGGCACUUUAUCAGUUUUGACGUAGUCUUGAUAGUAAUGCUGUGAAUGUAUGUUUGCAUUUCUCCCUGAUCUGUAAUUAUCAGCUUACUACACUGCUCAAAAUUUGCCUCAAGUCUAGGCUAUUCACAAUGCCUUGUGCCUCAAUAAAAAAUAUGCCUUAGUAUCA